AACCGCGUAUUGAUAUCGUACAACAAUAAAACUCUUCACAAAUGAAGAAGAAAUUGAAACGAAAGAAUCAAAAAAAGAUCAUAACUUUAUGAUUUUCAAGGCAUAAAAACUCAUAUUGUGUGCCACAAAAACCAAACCUUUACUCUCUAUUCUAGGAUUUUGUUGGUUAAAGCUUCUGUCUUUCAAUAUUAUAUAUAUACAUAGUAUCAAUUAUUAGACACUUGUUAAGGUUUUGUUGACUUUUUGAGUUGGUGGGUCAGAAAAAGGUGAGAGCUUUUGAAGCUUUGAAGUCAUGGCUUCCACUCUGGUACUGGUUUUGGUCUUCAUUUUUGAUUUGAUUGCUUUUGCUCUUGCUGUUGCUGCUGAGCAGAGAAGAACUACUGCAAGAUUAGUAAAGCAAGCUGAUUACACCUAUUGUGUUUAUGACAAAGAUAUCGCGACUGGUUUAGGCGUUGGGGCGUUUUUGUUCUUGUUGAUAAGUCAAAUCAUUAUAAUGGUAGUAACCCGAUGCUUGUGUUGUGGGAAGGCAUUAAGACCGAGCGGUUCAAGGGCUUGGGCCAUUGUUCUGUUCAUUUCUAGCUGGAUAUUCUUCGUCAUUGCAGUAUCGUGUUUGCUCUCGGCUUCAGUGUCAAACGCGGUUCACACCAAGUAUAGGAGAUCGUUGUCGUGUAAGGUAGUGAGGAAAGGUUUCUUUGGAGCAGGAGCUGCAUUUGUUGUGCUUACAGGUAUAGCGACCGAGCUCUUUUAUGUUAGUUUUUCUAGGGCGAACGACGGUUAUGCAACUUAUGCUAGGGACACCGGUGUUAGAAUGGGGAAUCUGUAGUUGAAAAUUUCUCAUGAAGAUGUAAAAGAAAAUGGGAUUUGAAGAAACAUAUUUGUGUAGUUUUUCUUUAUGGAAAGACAAGGAUAGAGUUAUGUGAUUAUUGAUAAAUAUUAUUGUAUGAGUUUCACUUAUGGAAAGUUAUAUUAGAUGAAAGUUUCUCUUG